AUGAAGCACAUCAUCGUUCUUCUCUCUCUUGCAGUCGGGACCACCUUCGCAAAUUCUCCGCAGCACUUCGAGAAUGAUACUCUGCCGACUUUCCCGGAGAAAGCUAUUGGACCGCCUAGGGGAGGAGGGGGUAGAGGUCAAGGUGGAAGACCGCAGAUAAAACCGCAAGAUCAGGAGGUCCUUCCUCCAGGCAAAGAUCCCGAAAUCUGGAAGCCGACGCCCGCAGAUGCCGCAGAAUACGACUUGGGACGGGCGCCGGCAAACCAAGACCAGCUGUACUGGAACUUUGCAGAGCCGGCAGACAGAUCUUACUUUGCCAAAAUGUUCACUUUCUUCGUCGGCGUACCAGGCUACGAGUUCCUCGCCAGCGAGAAUGUGUACGCGGACCAGCCCGACGAGAGCCAGCCGUUCCAACAAGAGCAAGCUCCCUACCAGGAAAAUGCGUUACCCACCGGACAGCCUCUUCGAUUCGCCCGGACCAUCGUCGACACUGCUGGUUCCCGAAGUGCCUACUUCUCGAGGUUUGCUCCUAGGAAUCCAGCAGAUCUUUGCGGCGCAUGGACCUCACUUGUGGCAUUCUGCCAGGACGGCGGAAUUUCAUGUGGGUGCUAUUCCGGCACGUACUAUGUCCCGGACAUGUGGAAUUCCUUGGCGUAUGGAUGUGCCAGGUACAAGACGGAUGCCGACUUGGCUUGCGAUCUCAACGAUCCCUGGUGCACUUGGGCCGAGACAGCCUCGGAGUAUACGGAGUACUGUACACCAGGCCCUGACGCUGUCAGGUUCGCUGCUACGAUCGAUGGAAGCACUGCGGUCGGCGCUCAAAUACCGUCUGUUCAAACUUCCGAUGUUGAACCUGUCAACUCACCUGCACCGAGUCCAGCAUCUCCGAUUGACACUGGAUCUGCUUCCAUGACCUCUCCGGACUCGACAUCUGAUGCACCGACGUCAACGGAUGUGCCGACAUCAACGCAGCCAACCCCCGCGACAGAAGUUUCUUCCGCACCACCAACAAAUUCACCUACAUCAGCGGCUUUCAGCUUGUUUCAGCCUCAAUGGGCUUCUGCUUGGCCUUGGAUAGGGUUGAUAGCAGCUUCUCACUGGUUUUCUCUUUCGUAG